UUGCACGACGCCGCGCGAUACGGCGACGUCGAGGCGGUGGAAGACUUCAUCGCCGUCGGCAAGGAUAUCAACGCGCGCGAUUCGUCCUCGCGAACGCCCAUUCACUACGCCAUCGCGUUCGGCAAAGGAGACGCCGGGGAAGAAAUCUUCAAUCUCUUGCUCGAAGCCGGCGCGGAUUUGACGGCGACGGAUGAGAAGAAGAACACGCCUCUGCACUACGCGUGCGGGUACGGCAAGCCGUUCGCGGUCAAGGCGCUCUUGGAAAAGGGUUGCGAUAAGACGGCGACGAAUGGAACGGGCAAGAAGCCGAUCGAACUCGUCAAGCUC